GGGCGUCUGUAGUGACGCCUCAAUCACUGAGAUGCAGUACGGUGCAUACUGUCCCCAAGGCCAACUCCGAAAAUAGAACUUAGAGCACCGACGGUGUUGAAGGCAAUAGGCUAUACCACUGGCACAACACAAACAAAAACAAACCACAUUUGAGCGCCGAUUUCACAGUCUUAACAAGGAGUAGCCAUGGAGCAUGAAGGAUCGCACCGUUUUGCAAAGAAAAAGCGAAGGACUCGCCUCUGGCUAAUCAUGGGUCUCUGUGCAGUACUUUCACUUCUCGUUAUCCUCGCUAUUUCUCUGGGAGUAGUGCACAGUCACGCACUGUCUAGUUCCAGUCCAUCGAGUGAAAGCCUAAAAAAAACGAUUAUUGACAAAUGUGAAGCAUUUAUACAGAACAACAAAUCUUCAAGUGCAAACAACUGUCAAAAGAUAUGGAGUGCAUUUCAGCAAGCAUUCGUGGGGAGGGACCCAUGUAAUGUACCGAUGGAGGCCUAUGACCCCCUUAUCCAUACUGUGAUCCAGGAUCCUGUCUGUAACAGGAUGUUGUUUUGGAGCAAAACAAAGAAAAUAGUGCAUGACUUCACAGAGAAGCGAGAUUGCUUCUUGACCCUCGAGGACACACUAGUUGGCUUCAUCAUGAAUGGACUGACCUGGUGUGGCAAGGAGGAGAGCAAUGAAACGUUCACCACAGGGUGCCCAGGCUGGACAGACUGUGUCAACAACACAGUUCGUUCAUUCUGGAAUCGGGCCUCAGCAGCAUUUGCAGAUGCCGCAUGUGGUGAUGUCACAGCCAUGCUGAAUGGAUCUAUUGCCACUCCUUUCAGCCCCACCAGUAUUUUUGCCACCAUCGAGGUGAAAAGGUUCAAAGCUGCCAAAGUGAAGAGCCUGAGUGUUGUCCUGGUGACCAAGGAGAAUAAGGGGACAACAUGUGAUGGUCCCUCCUUACAGGACCUACAGAAAGAGAUAGAGCCAAAACUCAAGUAUAAUUGCAAGGAGGUUCCUGAGUCUAAGAUCCAGGACUGCAUUUCCCACCCAGACACAGCUUGUGGCGCCUGCUGGUAAUACUGUCCAAUCAGCAGUGAACAAGGCGUGGUCGUCAAGGGUAUAAAUGGAUAUUAUUCCAUCAUGGAACCAUGAACUAAUAUUUGAGCUGUCAUCAAGCAGCCCCAGGCCUACCCGGAUCGGCAUAGCUUCCAUUCUUUACAGAAGUUCUUACAAUUUAAUCAUUUCCAUAGUACCCCUUUUAUCUUAAAUAACAAUUGCACCCUUUAGCAACCUAAUUUUCAUUAUCUCCAGCACAAUAGAACAUCAAAAAUGUAUUUUUGAUGAGAUUUGUGGUGACGUGGAGAGAAAGAAAACACUCUCAUUGCAGGUUUUGAAAAUCACUGUUUUUCUUACUAAUUAAAAAAUAAAGGUGCAAGUUGGAACCAAAUAUGGUUCUUGAGAGCGAUACCAUAGGGGAACCAUUUUCAUGGGAUGGUUCUUUGAAGAACCAUACAAAAAUUCAAAUCCAAAAAUGUUUCGGCACUCCAGGACCAGAAUUUAAAAGCCCUGCUGUAGGUUUUUAAACCUUAUUUGCAUAUUUCCCAGGGUGCCUUUGUCAUUUAAAAAUAAAUCCCAAGUGUGCCGGGUAGGCGGAGUGUUCCAAUUGAUCACCAUUCAAUGUGUCCAAAGGUACAAAUCCGCCUUCCCGGCGGGCCCAGAGAGCAAAUGAAGUGCACUAUAAGCCUAACGCUGACCAAUUGGAUUUCUCAUAGCAGGUGUAAAAAAUAAUAAUAAUGCUACAGCGAAGUUGAUACUGUGAGAUUUCAAAACUUUUAAAACAAUGACUAGAGAGAGACUGUCAUCGAAUACAGCAAAUACAGUUGAAGUCGGAAGUUUACAUCCACUUAGGUUGGAGUCAUUAAAACUUGUUUUUCAACCACUCCACAAAUUUCUUGUUAACAAUCUAUAGUUUUGGCAAGUCGGAUAGGACAUCUACUUUGUGCAUGACACAAGUGAUUUUUCCAACAAUUGUUUUCAGACAUAUUAUUUCACUUAUAAUUCACUGUAUCACAAUUCCAGUGGGUCAGAAGUGUACAUACACUAAGUUGAAUGUGCUUUUAAACAGCUUGGAAAAUUCCAGAAAAUUAUGUCAUGGCUUUAGAAGCUUCUGAUAGGCUAAUUGACAUCAUUUGAGUCAAUUGGAGGUGUACGUGUGGAUGUAUUUCAAGGCCAACCUUCAUACUCAGUGCCUCUUUGCUUGACAUCAUGGGAAAAUCAAAAGAUAUCAGCCAAGACCUUUUUUUAUUGUAGACCUCCACAAGUCUGCUUCAUCCUUGGGAGCAAUUUCCAAACGCCUGAAGGUACUAUACUCAUCUGUCCAAACAAUAGUACGCAAGUAUAAACACAAUGGGACUAUGCAGCCGUUAUACCGCUCAGGAAGGAGAUGCGUUCUGUCUCCUAGAGAUGAGCGUAAUUUGGUGCGAAAAGUGCAAAUCAAUCCCAGAACAACAGCAAAGGACAUUGUGAAGAUGCUGGAGGAAACAGGUACAAAAGUAUCUAUAUCCACAGUAAAACAAGUCCUAUAUCGACAACCUGAAAGGCCGCUCAGCAAGGAAGAGGCCACUGUUCCAAAACUGCAAUAAAAAAGCCAGACUACGGUUUGCAACUGCACAUGGGGACAAAGGUUGUACUUUUUGGAGAAAUGUUCUCUGGUCUGAUGAACCAAAAUUGAAAUGUUGGCCAUAAUGACCAUCGUUAUGUUUGGAGGUGAAAGGGGGAGGCUUGCAAGCCAAAGAACACCAUCCCAACCGGGUAGCACAGGGGUGGCAGCAUCAUGUUGUGGGGGUGCGUUGCUGCAGGGGGGACUGGUGCACUUCACAAAAUUGAUGGCAUCACGAGGAAAGAAAAUGAUGUGGAUAUAUUGAAGCAACAUCUCAGGACAUCAUUUGGGCCUUCCAAAUGGACAAUGACCCCAAGCAUACUUCCAAAGCUGUGGCAAAUGGCUUAAGGGCAACAAAGUCAAGGUAUUGGAGUGGCCAUCACAAAGCCCUGACCUCAAUCCUAUGGAAAAUUUGUGGGCAGAACAGAAAAAGUGUGUGUGAACAAGGAGGCCUACAAACCUGACUCAGUUACAGCAGCUCUGUCAGGAAGAAUGGGCCAAAAUUCACCCAACUUAUUGUGGGAAGCUUGUGGAAGGCUACCUGAAAAGUUUGACCCAAGUUAAACAAUUUAAAGGCAAUGCUACCAAAUUCUAAUUGAGUGUAUGUAAACUUCUGACCCACUGUGAAUGUGAGGAAAGAAAUAAAAGCUGAAAUAAAUAAUUCUCUCUGCUAUUAUUCUGACAUUUCACAUUCUUAAAAUAAAGUGAUGAUCCUAACUGACCUAAGACAGGGAAUUUUUCUAGGAUUAAAUGUCAGGAAUUGUGAAAAACUGAGUUUAAAUGUAUUUGGUGUAUGUAAACUUCUGACUUCAGCUGUAGUUCAUGUUUAAGUUCUUACUCCUUACUGUCAACACUUUUUAUUCAACACUUUGGCUAUAUAAGCUAUAAAAUGCUUGUUCUUCUUACUUCCACUCGUGUUACAACCAGCACUGCAGCUGUAAUAAAUGAGUAGGAAAGUGUAUCGACAGGCUUGCGUCGUUAUUAUUAGCGGCUUGGGUCUUUUUUAAUAUUGAGGAAUAUUUCACUUUCUCUGUUCUUAGGAGUAACAGCAUGAAUUUGUGCAUGAGGCUGAAAUAAUGCGGUCCAACUGGAGUUUCACCAUCAGCUGGAAGACGGUGCCCCUUUUUGAUCUGUGUCAGUGGAUGAAAUGGUGUUCAGGAGCGCAGUUUGGCGGGUCAUGUUUUGGAGGACGCAUGACUCGACCAUCGCCUCUCCCGAGCUUUUUUGGUAGUUGCAGCUAUGAGACAAGAUCGUAAUUGGAUAGGACGAAAUUGGGGAGAAAAGGGGGGUAAAAUACUAAUUCAAAAAUUUACAACUGAUCUAUUACCGGUGUGAUCAAAUAUCCUACCUAAAAUGUUGCCUUUUUUUAUUUUUAUGGGUUGAACAACAAUGAAUUGGCAGGGAAUUUCAAGCAAAGCCAAUAUGCAGUGAUAAAGUAUUGGGCCAUUUCAGAUUUAGAUAUAAGAAUUUUUCACAUAGUAGUCUGGAUGUAGUGAACACAUUUUUCAAAAUAACUUUAGUUAAGUAAGCUAUAAGUGUAGCUUAUUUUCUUAAAGUGCAAAGUAAUUGGUAACUUGGUAAACUAUUUUAUUGUUGCUACCCCAACACUGAAGGGAGAAUUAUUAGUUAUUUUCACUCUUCUGAUUGAAAAAAAAAUAUUGCACAAACCUCAUUGCUCCAGUACUAUUUUUAAUAGGUUAAUGUUGCAUAGGUUUAUGUUUUUUUAAGUCAUGUUCAAAAAAAAUCUGAGCGGUAGAUCUCAGCUUGCAUUUAGACUCAAAGUGAUCUUGACUCAGAAAAGGUAGGUGACCACUGUCCUAAGUCAAUAUGUUAAACACAUGUUUUAUUCUUUAAGACUAUGUAUUUCAUAGUGCCUUCUUUUGAGAGCCUAGUUUUACCCUAAUUCCGUGGCCUGAAACUCAUAGUUUACAGGCCACAUUAGGCCUCAGAUUAUGCUGGUUUGCAAAGUGAUAUUUAAUUCCUAUUGGAUUCCUGUGGGGAUAUCCAACCUUUUUUUAAAUCAUUCACCUUCAACCUACAUUCAGAUUGACUGCCAGGUUUGGAAAGACUAAGAUAUGAGACUAUGUUUUACAUCUACUGUAAAGUGGAACAACCAAGUCCAAGUAACAGACUGAAAUAGUUUAAUUCUGAAGAACCGUAGAGGCCACGUCAAGUACCCCAUACUUAACCCAAAUGUUCUUUAUCGGGCAAGCGUUCUCCAAGGAACCUUAAGAGCUGAGGAAGAACCAUUUAAGAACCUUUCUUUCAGUGUACUUUUAAUCCUACCCUGGUGUAACAGACAAGCAAUUUUAAGGGCCUUUCUUCUUAGGUAGCCUAGUGGUUAGAGCGUUGGGCUUGUAACCGAAAGGUUACAAGAUCGAAUCCCCGAGCUGACAUGGUAAGAAUCUGUCAUUCUGCUCUGAACAAGGCAGUUAAACCCACUGUUCCUAGGCUGUCAUUGUAAAUAAGAAUUUGUUCUUAACUGACUUGCCUUGUUAAAUAUAUAUUUUUAAAUGUCAUAUAAACAUUUUCACAUAUGUAGACUCUGGUAUGGUACUGGAGAUAAGGAAAAUGAGGUAGAAAAGUUAACUAGGGUUUGUAUUACCCUACAAAUGGACAGCCUAUUUAAAUUACAUAAAUAACCUUGUGAAUUAAAUUUGUCAGUCAUAUCAAACUUUGUCAGUGCUAUACCUUUUGUAAAUGGAAUAUGGGGGUUAUAUUUCACCAUGUUAUAGCUAAUACAGCUAACAUAUACUAAAGUGGACCUGCAAUGUUGAUGAUUUAUUUAUAUUGGGGUUUUAUUGGUUAGUUAUGUAGUUGGCAAUCUGAAAUGUAUUUCUCAACCCAUAAGAAGUUAUCAUAAUCUGAAUUCACGUGAUUGUGUAGCGACAGAAAUUUGAACUAUCAACAGGUGCGAAGGAGAAGCACUUUUGUGUUCACGAGAUUUGUAGCCUACUGUUUGCUUUAUGUAUUAAUCUGCUUUCCUGAAAUGCACUAGACGUGGGUGUUUGGAAUGUCUUUUUCGCUCCGCUGGUUUUAAUGGUGCUUUCUGCCUGUGUGGAGUUAUCCUGUCUUACCUACAUAUUUGUGUGUUUGUAGAUGAACAAAUGCUGGAGAAGACUUUUAUUAAAGGAAGUUAACUCUU